AUGUACCAACAAACAGGCUGUUUUACUGCAAAAACAGGGGCCGUGGCGUUGAUGACUAACAGAUAUUUGACUGCCGGGCUGCAUUAUGAUAGCAAGCUGAAAAUUGUUGUCGUUGGACUUAGAAGGUGUGAUAUUGUCCACAGAGAACCUGGAAUGUUUGAAAAUUACUGUGAUCAUCCUGAGACUUCCACGAGGGUACUCGCGCCUUUCUUGUGGCAAAAGUUCUGGCGUUUUCAUCUCACUCACACGUCCCGCAAUGUUUGGUUCCGGAAGCUCCUAACAAUCUCCCCCCUCGCACCCGACUUCAUCGUGACCUUCCCGAUAUUCUUCAUAGUGAUGCUUGUCCCCUGUGCCGAGGCUGCUUUCCUCAUACGCCUGAGCAUUUUCUUUAUGUUUGUCCACUCAAUGUCCCUUCAAUUUGCUUUUUUUGGUGUAAUGGUUGUGGGGUAUAGACAGCUGAUAUCGUUUACGGUGAACAUAUUUGAGAAGAGAUGCUUAUGA